GAUCUGAAAGUCCAUAUCCAAUACACUUUUAUAUUUUCCACCAAACUCUUAUUAUUAUUAAUUCCUCUACAAACCCCAACACAAAAAGUCCAAUUCAAUUAUCGGGUUCAAGCCCAAUCUUCUCUCUCCUCUUUCUCUCUCUCUUCCUGGAUCUCGAUUUCUCUCCUUCGAAUUACAUCUGUUGCAGGUCUGUUGUUCUUCAUUCAAGAUGGACAUGAUUCCUACUGAGAAUAAUGCACUGGUUGACAUGGAAAUGCCCCUUGACCCGGUGUAUAUUGCAGUCGAAACAGACAAUGUCGAGACACCGCCCAGCAAACGUCGAAAAAAGAAGUCAAUGGUGUGGGAAUACUUCACCAUCGAAACCGUUAGUCCAGGCUGCAGACGAGCCUGCUGCAAGCAAUGCAAGCAGUCGUUUGCAUACAGCACGGGUUCCAAAGUCGCCGGCACCAGCCACCUGAAACGCCACAUUGCCAAAGGCGGUUGCCCGGUUGCGCUUCGAAAUCAACAGGACCCGUCAACACCGUUCAUCACACCUUCAAAGUUAUCCUACGAGGCUGCUGGUCACACCAAUGGUCAAAGUCAAACCACUGAUCCACCUAAGCGGCGUUAUCGAACCGCUAGUGUUCCUUAUGCCGCAUUUGACUCUGAACGGUGUCGCCAGGAGAUAGCCCGGAUGAUCAUACUGCAUGACUACCCACUCCACAUUGUCGAGCAUCCCGGGUUUGUCGGUUUUGUGCGAAACCUUCAGCCGAAUUUCAAUACGGUUAAUUUCAGUACGGUUCAAGGAGACUGCGUAGCAACUUAUCUUAAGGAAAAGCAGAGUGUUCAGAAUCUGAUUGACGAGAUGCCGGGUCAGAUUUGCCUCACACUUGACCUCUGGAAUUCAUGCCAGACAACGGGUUACGUUUUCGUAACGGGUCAGUUUGUCGAUAGCGAGUGGAAAAUGCAUCGAAAGCUACUAAACGUUGUGAUGGAGCCGUUUCCCGAGUCCGAUUCGGCUUUCAGCCAUGCGGUAUCUUCCUGCUUAUCGGAUUGGAACAUGGAGGGACGGUUGUUUUCGAUCACGAUCAACCAAAAGUUGAGUGAAAUCGGGAUUAGUAGUCUUAGAAGUUUGCUUUCGGAGAAAAACCCGAAUAUCCUCGGUGGUCGGUUGUUGGUGGAUCGAUGUCUUGCUCGUUCGUUAAGCGAUGUGACGCACGAGGCGUUUAACGUCUGUCGAGAAACGGUCAACAAAGUCAGAGACUGCGCGAAGUAUGUCAAAACGUCGGAGGAGCUAGAAGAGAAGUUUCUUGAACUCAAGCAACAACUCCAAGUACCGAGCACGAAAACGCUAGCGCUCGAUGAUCAAACCCGUUGGAAUACCACUUACGAGAUGUUAUUAGCGGCUUCCGAGUUGAAAGAAGUAUUUUUGUCUCUAGAUACAUCCGAUCCCGAUUACCCGAAAUCACCCACGGGUGAAGAAUGGAAGCAGGUCGAGAAUCUGUGCGCGUGUUUGAAGCUGCUUUUCGACACCGCAAAUCUACUAACAUCACCUACUCUAUCGACAACAAACACGUUUUUCCAUGAAGUGUGGAAGAUCCAGCUGGAGUUGAACCGUUCAGCCACAAGCGAAGAUGUCGGCAUCAGCACCAUUGCCAAGCCGAUGAAAGCGAGUUUCGAUACCUACUGGCAAAACUGUUGUUUGAUCUUAGCAAUAUCCGUGGUUAUGGACCCACGGUUUAAAAUGAAGCUGGUGGAGUUCAGUUUCACAAAGAUUUACGGGGACGAGGCUGUGAGUUAUAUUAAGCUGGUGGAUGAAGGGAUACACCAGAUGUUUCUCGAGUACGUUGGCGGAUUAGACGGAAACGUUAAACAAGAGGAUGUAGCGGGACUCGGGCUUACUGAUUUCGACAUGUAUAUCAUGGAAAAAACAAGUCAACAGUCGAAGUCGGAACUGGAUCAGUACUUGGAGGAGUCUCUUUUACCGCGGGUUCAUGAGUUUGAUGUUAUGGGUUGGUGGAAACUGAAUAAGGUUAAGUACCCGACGCUCUCGAAGCUGGCUCGUGAUAUUUUGACUGUUCCUGUGUCGGCGGUGGCUCCUGAGUUGGUUUUCGAGUCGGGGAUCAAGGAGAUGGACCGUUAUCGGUGUUCUUUGAGACCGGAAACCGUUGAGGCGAUUGUGUGUGCAAAGGACUGGCUUGUGGGUGGGGGUGGGGGUGAUUCUGUUGACAUGAUGAAGGGUUUGGUGAAGAUGGAAUUUCCCAUAUGAUGUGUGUAUGGUUAUGGUUGUAGUUUGUACACUUGAGUUUGUUGGUUGUAUUUAUUUUUAUUAUUGGUGGUGUUUUGAUGAGUGUUUGGGCAAUUGGGCCUGCUUCUGUUUAACCCAGUAACCCACUCAACAACAUAUGCCAUUUAGGGUUCUUUUUUUUUUUUUUUUUUUCUGAGUAUGAAAUAAUUGAGAAAUUGUAGAACAAUUAAGUUAUCUUCAAGAAAUUUGAGAAAUGGUCUUAAUGA